AUGGUUGGAGACCCACCCUGUCAAAGAUGCAAGGAGCGAGGGUUAUCAUGUCGCCUGAACAAGAGCUUGCAGACACUCAUGUCUGAAGAUUCAAAAUGGAAGGCCGCCGUCACCAAAGACGUCACAUCUUUGUAUGCCACUGUGGAGGAGAUUGUCCGAACCUUGCAACUGCCCUCCUUGCCACAAAUGCUUACCUCAACUCAAGACCCCGCUAUCUUUUUUGACCAAGAAGAUGACAAGGAUGAUGACGAGGAUCAAUCACUGGAUAAUUCCCCUAAGGUGACCCCAGUUGCCGAUAAUUUGUCGCACGUCCCCAUUGAAUCUUUGUAUCAAAUUACGGGUAUGCGAUCAUUGCGCGCCACCGAGAAUAUUACCGAGGACCAGUCGCGGAUAUGUAAACAGUUGCGCGAUACCGACUUCAUUGCAAGAGGGAUCAUGAAACAAGAGGACGCGGAGCAUCUUGCCAACUACUACCUCAGCAAACUCGAUCCUUACAUUUGGCACAUCUGCCCAGAUUACAAAGAUCUCGAAUCAUUCCGUCGCCGGUCACCUACCUUGACGGCCUGUGUCUUGACUGUUGCCGCACUUCAUGAUACAAAACUCGGCCAUCUUUAUCCCAUUUGCAGCAAAGAAUACCGAAGAUUGGUCGCAAAUGCCAUGUUCGAGAGAAAGAUCGACAUGGAGUACCUACGAGCAUUGGUCCUCGGGUCCUACUGGUUAAGCGACAUUUCGUGGACGCUCUCAGGAUAUGCAAUCAGACGCGCCAGUGAAUUCCAUCUGAGACAAUACUACCUCCAAAUCCAGGAAUCGGUCAAUUCUCCAGAGAAAGUCCCACAGGCCAAGCUACAAGAGGCCAUCGACGGCAUCAGAGUUUUGUAUCUUCUUUACAUCUGUGAUCACCAUCUUUCAAUCCUAUAUGGUAGGUCUUCAAUCAUGCGAGACAACGAAAGCUACAUUACGGGGUGGGAAUCGUAUCUUGCCUGUUCGUUGUCGACAGAUGCCGAUCGCAGGAUUGCCGGCCAAAUUUGCCUGAUGUACCUGAUGAACCAGAUACGCGAAACACUGGGGCCUGAGGACACCAACUCAGUUCUUCCAGUAUCUGCCUUGGCAAAGAUUGCUGGGUUUGAGCGAGAUCUGGACGACUGGAUUGCAAGAUUUUCGAGACAUAGUAAGCAACGCCUCUUGUUUGAGAUGAUAAGGAGUACUAAGCGAUGUGUAGAUCCCAGUCAAUUCGUAGGCAAUUGGCCUAACAAAGGAGCGGUCAUGCAUUAUCAUUGGGCCAAACUAUAUCUACAAUCCUACGUGCUGCGUGGUCUUCCAGAAUCAGGUGCAGUCAUCCCAGAGCAUUUCCUGGAAAAUGCUUCAGCGGCAGUAGCAGCCGCGACUGCAAUUAUCAACCUUCUGCUCGAGGAUAAGGACGCCCAAAUCGCAAUUGCGUAUGUUCCUCACCACAUACAUGGUAUGAUUGCCUUCGCUUGCAUGUUUCUGUUGAAAAUUGCGACCAAGUACAGCGAGCAACUAUUCCUCGACACAGUCCGUUUCCAGCGGCUGAUCAAUGCACUGGCGCAACACUUCAAAUCCACCGAUGUUGGCAAGGACCAUCUUAUUCAUCGGAUGGCAGAUGGGUUGGAGAAAAUGGCCGAGAGUUUAGGCGGACCAGCUCGGAUCAAGAGCCGACGGAUCAAUGGGGGAAGACCAAGCCAGCCCCUGCCAUCCCCAAGCCAGCCAGUGGCUGCCAUGACUCCAGGGAAGGUGGCGAACGGUACAACAGAUAUACCAGACUACAGCUCCCUCGACCCUGCAGCGUUUGAUUUUGGAGAUCCAGCACUGGGCCUGGGAAUGCCCUUCUUUGACUUUGAGGGGACGACGCUGGGAGCGGGAGACAAUAUGUGGAAUUUCACAUAG